AUGAAAGAUGUUGGAAAUGUUCAAACUGAGCCUCUUUCGAUUCAAUUAGACAGGAUCCAGGAUGAUGAAAACAAGUGGGAUUGGGCCCCAAACCACGAUCCGCAGGGCGAUAGGAUUGUCCGGAUAGUUGGUUGGAUCGUUCUCAGUGGUAAAAUGUAUUCGGCGCUAUUCGGCGAGAGCGGAUCUGUGCAUUCGGUGAAUCGGAUUGAGUUGGACUUUCGAUGUGAGAUGGGAGUGGGAUGCUCAUUCCUGACUCUGCCUUCUUCUGGGACUUUGGCCUGCGGGGAUGAACGCGCGAGCCCGGCUGGAAGUGGGAGCCCGGCUGCCCGAGCAACUUGUUCUUUGCAAUAG